GGGGGGGGGGGGGGCAUUCUUUAUUUUACGGAUUUCAUCCAGGUUCCAUAUUUACACCCAUAUUUACACGUCCUCGUAGUACUUCCGGUAGUCUUAUGCGUUUUAUUUUUAAUUUUCGAUUUCUCAUUACGUAAGCCUCCUUGUCCUUCAGAUCAAUCAUCAUACUAAAAUGCUGGCCACAAAACUCUGCCGUAUUCCUGUGACAAGUUUUGCCACCGGUAUUGGUAAACCGUUGAACAAACCUCAGUUAUGUUUGAGAACCCGAGUCCAGCAGUUGGCUUCAGAUUCCAGGUCAGGUGUCUCCAGACGAGCUCAAAAAAGAGGAAUAAAGGAGACGCUGUCUGCGCCGGCAGGUGAAUCAGCUUUCAGUGUUGGUAAAGGAAUGGUUGCCGGAGCAGCCACUGUGGGUUUGGGAUCUCUGUGUUACUAUGGAUUGGUUUCCAAAGAAAUGUCUGCAUUAGAUCAGAGAGUAUUCUGGUCUGAUGAAAUUAAACAAAGAAUUCGUUCCACGUACUUUUACUUUGGAGCCAGUGUGGGUUUGACAGCUGCGUCUGCUGUCGCCAUUGCUCGAACUCCUGCUCUGAUGAAUAUUGCACUGAAAAAUUCAUGGGUGGCAAUUAUUGGCAGUAUAGGAGCCAUGAUAGGCACCAGCAUAUUGACACAAUCUAUCCCAUACAAAGAGGGAUUUGGAACAAAACAGCUUGCCUGGAUGUUACACAGUGCUGUUGUUGGAGGAGUUGUGGCCCCUAUCACACUUUUAGGGGGCCCCUUGAUAGUCAGAGCUGCAUGGUACACUGCUGGAGUAGUAGGAGGUUUGUCAGCCCUUGCCAUGUGUGCACCUAGUGAGAAAUUCCUCAACAUGGGGGGGCCUCUGGCCGUCGGGCUAGGUGUAGUGUUUGCUUCAUCUGUAGGAAGCAUGUUCCUCCCUCCCACCACGGCCCUUGGUGCGGGGCUGUAUUCCAUGAGCUUAUAUGGCGGUCUGAUUCUCUUCAGUAUGUUUCUGUUGUACGACACACAGAAAGUUAUCAAGAGGGCAGAAAGCCACCCUGUGUACAGUCCACAGAAAUUUGACCCGAUCAAUGCAUGCAUGGGAAUUUACAUGGACACAAUUAAUAUCUUCAUCAGAAUUGCGAUUAUUCUGUCUGGUGGUGGAGGCCGGAGAAAGUGAAACAAAGUGUGAGAAAAUGCUACUAAGUGUCAACAACAAAGAACCUUGUCCUGAUGUUUGAAAAAACUCUACUAAGUGACAACAACAAAAGACCUUUGUCCUGAUGUGUUGCAGUUAAUCAAUCCUGAAUGUAUGACAGAGACAUAAAGCUACAGUGUCUAUUAAUAUAUGUUAUAGAUUUUUGUAUCUUGUUUGGUUUGAUUAAAUUCUUAUGUUUAAAAUCAA